AGAAGGAAAAAAAAGUCUCAACAGCAGCAGCAGCAGCUUCUUAAGUUUGUUGCAAAAAUGCAGCUAUCCCCUCAUAGAGUCAGUUCUUAGUUGCUAACCGCUCUGCCGCCAUGUCGGUUUGUUUGAAGACAUGUUUUGUGGGUAGUAGAGUCCUUCAGAGAGGCUGUCAGCCUGUAGCAGCAGUUCCUAACAGACGAGCUCUGCUGCCGUUCAGCUCAGCGGCUGCUGGUCGAUGCUGCUCCACCGUUCAGGGGGAGGUGAGGGUCAGGUUUGCACCCAGCCCCACCGGCUUUUUGCACCUUGGAGGUCUUAGAACUGCUCUUUACAAUUACAUCUUUGCAAAGAAAUAUGGGGGCACCUUCAUCCUGCGACUGGAGGACACUGAUCAGAGCAGGCUGGUCCCAGGAGCAGCAGAGUCCAUAGAGGACAUGUUGGAGUGGGCUGGCAUUCCUCCAGAUGAGAGCCCUCGCAGAGGAGGGCCUGUUGGUCCCUACAUGCAAUCUCAAAGAUUAGAGCUCUACAAUCAGGUAGCCCAGGAGCUUGUUGAGAGAGGCCACGGGUACUACUGUUUCUGCAGCACUCAGAGGCUGGAGCUGCUAAAAAGAGAGGCUCUAAGAGCUGGUCAGACACCAAGGUAUGACAACAGAUGUCGUCACCUGAAAGCGGAGCAGGUCCAGGAGAAGCUGGCUCAGGGAGCCCCACAUGUGAUCAGGUUUCGACUGGAAGCCGGCGUCAAGCCUUUUCAGGAUCUGAUCUUUGGACUGAAUCGUCACGAUGUGGCUCAGGUGGAGGGCGAUCCAGUUGUGAUGAAAGCAGAUGGUUUUCCCACCUACCAUCUCGCCAACAUCGUAGACGAUCACUACAUGAACAUCAGCCACGUUCUGCGAGGGUCCGAGUGGCUCAUCUCUACCUCCAAGCAUCUCCUUAUGUACCAGGCGCUCGGAUGGAAGCCGCCCACCUUCGGACAUCUGCCGCUUCUGUUGAAUAAAGACGGCAGUAAGCUGUCUAAGAGACAGGGGGACAUCUUUAUUGAAAGCUUUUUGAGGGAAGGGGUCCUUCCUGAGGCUCUGCUAGAUAUAACAACCAACUGUGGUUCUGGAUUUACCACUAAUCGAGUAGGAAGAGGGUUAGAAGAACUCAUUUCAGAGUUUAAUCCUUCAAAGAUCACAACUCACUCCGCUUUGUUAGACCUGGAGAAGCUACCAGAGUUCAACAGAAUCCAUCUGCAGCAGCGAAUAGACGAUGAGCAGAAGUGUCAUAUGCUUAUAAAAGAUCUGCAGCAACAAAUCCAGCAGCUUUACGCAGCAGAUAUCCAGGACCAAGAAGUGCUUGAAGAAGAUUAUAUCAGACGGGUGUUACGUCUCCGUAAGGGUCACAUAGCCUCCCUGAAGGAGCUGAUGGGUCCAACCUACUCCUAUCUAUGGGUCCGUCCUUCCUUCUCCAUCCAGCAGGUGGCAGCGCUAACCACUGAGGCUCCUCUUAUUGCUUCCUUUGUGUUGAGGUUGGUUGAAGAGCAGGGUGAGGAGCUGUCAGUGGACCGAGUCAGUAAAGACUUGAAGGGUUUGACUAAACUGACCAAAGCUACCAAGUACAGAGAGGUGAUGAAGCUGUUACGUCUGGUUCUCAGCGGCUUGCAGCAAGGUCCAAGUGUUGCUGAAAUGAUGGUAUCUCUGGGUCCUGCAGAGAUCAGACAUCGAUUCCAGAAGCUUCUGCUUGCUUUAGAGACGUGUUAAAGAUGGCUACCCAAUAACCUUUUACUCAACUGAAUAAAUAACUGUUCUGUAUAUUGAGAAAUGCAUCUCUUAAACAAACAUGGUUAUUCUAUCAAGCCUGAAAUAGUCUCAGCUGGAGAAAUUGUGUGCUUUUUAAAGUUGUCAUGUAUUUAUAAAAAAAAAUAAAGAAAACGUCUUUUUUUCUUUUUA